UGACCUUUUACCAACUUUAUUUAUUAAUAAUCAUGCUGAGGGAUAAAAAUUCCAACAGGGCUCUUUCUCAGCAGCUUCUUCAUCUACUUCUUCUCGACUUUAUAAAGGCACUCUUUUGAGUCCCUUUCUUUUCCUCUCUCUCUCUCUGCCUCUCUGUGAGUUUUGAUGGCUAUACUCUCAACAUGUUGGCUAAUUAUAGAAUCCAUAGUGAUUCGAGAUGGUUUCUUGAGAUCGUCUUAUCUGAAACUAUACAUGCACCCUGUUGUUCUGUUUCUUUGUCAACUUCUUAUAUGGCUCUAUCUCUUCUUUUUAUGGCUUCUCCCAUGUUUUCAAACGUUAUACAACGCCUUUUCAUCGGUCUUGGUCACGUUCUCUAAGCUAUUUACUAGUUUUCUCCAAGUCAUUAUGGUUAGAAGGGAGGCUACAUGUACCAUUAAGUCUAGGAAAGAGAUCAAGAAUACCCUUAAUAACUUGGAACUUUCUAGAAGUAUUCAUAAUCCGAUUCCUGCCUUUAGCUUUUCUUUUAAAUAUCAAGUGGAUACUCAAUUAAAAGUUCUUCUAGCUCUGCGAGAAGGCAAGCUUCUUGAAGAGGAAGAGGAAGAGGAAGACGAUUUUUUCUACGAAUUUGAUCAAGAAGGUGUUGUUGAGCUUCUUGAUACGGAGGGCGAGGAGGAAGAGGAAAAAGACAUUGAUGAUGACAUUGAUGACGCUGUAAACAUGGAGAACAAUCUUGAGUUAGAAAUCCAGACGACUAUGCCACUAGAUCAAGAAGAUGAAUAUUCUAUAACCAGUGGUGAAGAAGAAGAAGAUAUCGUAAACUCAGACGUGGAGAAUUAUGAUCUAUCUUCUCUAGUAGCUAGCGAUAGAGAUCAUCCCUCGCCUUCAUCUAUUGCAAGCUUGGAUUCAGCGUGCCAAGAUACAGUUGAGAUAGAGAAUCAAACACAUCGAGUUGUUGAAGAUGAUGAAACUGAUCAAGUAUACAAGAAGUACUGCGAAAGAAUGAGAUGGUAUGACAUACUCAGCCGCGAUAGAACCUAUGGACUAAGUGUGAUCUCGAACCAAAUGACGGCAAGUAGUUUGCGCUCAUGGGGGGAAACGGCAGAGAAGAGGCUAAAACAAAGCAUAGAGAAGGACCUUGAGCUAGUUUAUGUUGCUCAGUCUUGCUUAUCAUGGGAAGCUCUUCAGCAUCAGUACAUUACAGUGAAAGAUAGUUCGAAACCCGCUGGUGGGUUACAUGACAUUAUCUCUAGAGAGUUCCAAAACUUUCAGGUCUUGUUAGAAAGGUUUUUGGAAGAUGAAAGGUGCCAAGGAAAAAGAGUCUUGAGCUUUGUUCAAAGGAGAUUUGAGUUGAUGAGCUUCUUUCAAGUCCCUCGACUCUCAGGAUAUAAUAGAGAGGGACCUCAUGAAGCAGAAGAAGGAAGUCAGGACAAGCAAGUGUUGAAAGCAAUAGAGAGAUGUAUUGAAGUCUUCUAUGACUUUGUGAAAGUAGACAUCAUGAAACCUUUGAUCUGGGAAAGACUUAAAAUCUCUUUGACUAAUUCUCCUCUUAUGGAAUUGGAAGAUCCUAGAGACUUUAAGCUCUUUCUUGACCUUAAAAAUUCACUCCAAAAGAAGGAACACUUGUUGAAGGAGAUCCAACAAGGGAACAAGAAGAAAAUUUGGUUCAAGAAGAAAUCUUCUAACAUGGAAGCAGAUAAGAUUGAGAAAGAUGAACAUUUUAUGUUAGUGAGGUUCAUAACGAUAGAUUUAAAGCUCGUGUCUAGGGUUUUACACAUGUCUUUAGUCUCAUCUUCUCACCUCAAGUGGUGUCAUCACAAGCUCAACAACAUUCACUUCAAUGGUGACAAGAUUUCUAGAACUUUCUCUCCAACUUUAUUCCCAUCUUCUUGAUUUCUUUAAGUUAGGGUUUUCACCA